AUGUUGGGCACUGUACUGGGCGAUCCAGAUACCCCGGACUCCAGCACAUCGAGAUAUAUCGAGACCUCACCAGUGGCAUCAUCGGCCCAAGAUGUGGUGUUCACGACGACAGCCGGCGGACUAAACAAGAAUUUUGCACCAGAACCGUCAAGCGUGGUAGACCCAGCGACGAUCUCCAGUAUCCUUCCUAAUGGAUCGGAGUCAUGGCCCUCACGUACCGAUUUGACAUAUACAACAUCAACCGAGACACCAGCUGUCAAAGAUAUCAGUUCAUCAGAAACCAGUCCAAACCCAACCAGGCCACUGGAUGCAACAAGCUCGUAUCAUCCAUCACCAACACAGUCAAUCACACCUUCAAAUUCAAACUCAUCCGCUCUCACGUCCACCAGAACAGCCUCUUCAACAGCCACAAGCUCCGUUUCCUCAACAACGUCAGCAGUCAGCGACUCAACCGCUGUCUCCGGCGGCCUAUCGAAAACAACAAAAAUAGCCAUAGCAGUCCCAUUGUCAGUAAUCGGCCUAGUCUUAAUACUAGCGCUGCCAUUUUUCCUCUCCCGUCGACGACGCCGCGAAAAAGAACGCAAUGCCCUGCCCCCAUCAUACGAUAUAGCAACAGGCCACCGAAGCGCAGUGUCAACACAAGAGCUAAUGAUAUCCCCCAAAUCAUCGACACCAGAGCCAAGACGUUCAUUCUCACACCCAGCAAUAUCCUCACCAGUCAUGUCCAUGUCCAUGCCCCCCAUGCCCAUUCCCAGGAUACCAAUUAUCAGCAUCUCGCCCUCGACGGAAAGUCGGGGCAGGACACCUAGUCCUGGCCCCAGUUCUGAAAACUCCCUGCGCCGCAUGUCUAUGGCCCGCGGGCCCAAUGACUCCGACGCGGAGCUUGGGGUUGCGGUUGCGGUUUCAAUGGAUCAGAGGCGGAGUGCUACUGAGCAGGAUUUCAGGGGUCGGGUUGCGUCUGUCACAUCCUCGAGGGGACCAUCGCGUUUGGCUAGGAUGCCGUUUGAGGAUUUUUCGGAUGAUGAGGUUGGUAUUGGCAUUGCUCAUGGUGGUUCGGAUGAUGGAUAUGAUGAUGAUGCUAUUUCUGAUGUGUCAGAUUUAGAUGGGCGAAGGAGAGAGAGAGAUUUUGAUGAGCAUUCUGCGGUGUCGUCUUUUGAUGAGGUGUCACCGAUAGGUGAGCAGGAGAGGAGGCGGUUUCGGGGUGUCUGA